CGAACAAAAAACUCCACUUUUUGGGGGAUAUUUCUUCUGGUUUCGGGGGUUCAGUUGCUUCUGUUGUGCAGUAAACAGACAGGCGUUUGCCCUCCGUGUUUUCAGAAGAAACACUGCUGCUCGGCCACAGAAAGCACAAACCACUGUUAAAUACAGGAAGUGUUGAUCACCAAACCGCCUCGCUUCCUUUCGAGGCUUCACGCCAGUCCCUUUGGCCGCUGUCAGAUCACAGUUUCACUCUGAGGGAUUCGCAAAAGGAUGGAAAGCGGCGAGGGCCCGUCCUUCUCCCCCCACGCGUCCGAACACAUCCGCCGGCGCGCGGACCCGGCGGAGCCCCGCCCACCCGCGGCCCCGGCGGAGCCCCGCCCACCCGCGGCCCCGGCCCCGAGAGCCACGGUCGCCACGGACGAGCACCCAAGCCGCGAGCGGCGGCCGGCCGGUUCAGGGUCGGUUCCGCUUCUCCUCCUGUCGCCACCGGACGCCGACGCAGCGUUCUCCCACCGACGACCACGGGCAGCGGACGCCGACGGAGAGGAAGGAACGCAGUGGAGCAGAGAGGAGGCGGGGCGAAGCACCUUCAUCCUUCCCAGGAGCAGUCCGGUCGUCUCCGGGCGCCACAGGCCCGUCUCCUGGCACGGAGUGGACACCGGCACGUCGGCCUCGCCCAGAUGCGCGACUUCUUUGAGCUUGGACUCCUCGGCUCCUGCUUCUGCUUCGCCGUCCCCGGAUCAGUGCGCCCCCAGCCCGCCCCCCCCCAGCCCGACCGCUCGCCGGCGGGCCGAGCGGCGUCGUGGCCCGCCGGCCCCCGCGCAGCUCAACCGGGCCAGUGCAGCAGCUCAACUCCUGGGCCAGUGGGCCCGGCGGCCCUUCGGCGGGCAGCAGGGGCCGGCCGGGGGGGACCAGGGCCGGGGGCCGACCGCCUGCGAUGCCUCUGACUCAUCGGUCCCUUCAACCUCAACAGAUCUUUGCAAAGAGAGAAGCUGCGGCGCCAUCCCAGAAGUCUCCGCAGACAUCUUUAAGACCAGUUGUGAUCUGGAAAAGGAGAACGCUCAUUUCGCCGUGGUGGACAUGAUGCUGGAGGUGCUGGAGGGGGUCAAAUGGACCCUGACCUCGGAUCUACGGACUUCCGGGACGGACCCGGCACAACACUCGCAUGGCGGCGCGCCGCCGCAGGGCCGCCUUCAGAGGCGCACGCGGGCCUGCGGUGCUGAGGAUCACGAGGAUGAACACCCGCCAAAGACUUUCUCCAUCCUCUCCUCCGACAGCGGAAUUGAAGAGUGUAGAGUCGACAACCCGCCGGCACCCACGGAGUCUCUCAGAAAUGCGGAGUCGCUGGCCCAGAAGCUGGUGCUGGAGUUCAGGAGGAGCUGGCUUCCAUCCCGUGAGCCUCGGCGUGGACGGCAAAGCCUCCGCAGCUCGCUGCAGGAAUUGCCAGAUGCCGGAGGUGUGGAGGUGAGCAGCCUGGCGGAGGAGAUCCAGCUGAGGACCAGGAUGAGAGGAUCCCAGAGCUGGGCCCCGCCACGCUUCCAGAUCAUCUUCACGGUGCAGCCCACCAACAGACGCAGUGACGUGGUGGCUCUGCAGCACUUCCUGUGUGCCGGCUGUGGGACAAAAGUGGAGCCCAAGUACAUCAAGAAACUGCGGUAUUGUGAAUAUCUUGGCAGAUAUUUCUGUGACUGCUGCCACGGCGGCUCUGAAGCUGUGAUUCCCGGUCGACUUCUGUCCUGCUGGGACUUUGGAAGAUACCCUGUGAGUUAUUUCUCCAAACAGCUGCUGGACUCCAUUUGGCAUCAGCCUGUGUUCGACCUGACCCGCGUCGGAAAGACCCUCUACAGCAAAGUGAAGGAGCUGGACAGGUUCCGGGAGCUGCAGGAACAUCUGAUGGGCAUCAAGAAGCUGCUGUCAACCUGCAGGUUGUCUGGACGGGUGAUGGCUGAGUUGGAGCAGCUUCCUGUUCACCUGGUGGAGCAGCCGCACCUCUUCUCCAUGGAGGACCUCUCCAGGGUGAAGAAGGGUCAGCUUGUGGCGCGGACCAGAGCGCUGCUGCUCACCGCCAUCGAUCAUGUCCAGAGAUGUGAGCUGUGUCUGGCUCGAGGGUUUAUCUGUGAGUUCUGCAGAGAAAGAGACGUCAUCUUUCCUUUUCAGGCGGACACAUGUAGGCGAUGUCCAGGAAUUCCCCUGGGAUGGUCCAGUGGUUCCUAUGCUAAAGGAGCUAAGGAUGGAAGCAUUGAAGAUCCUUUCAGCAGUAGAGGAUUGCAGGAGCUCUUUUCAUGGUGGCCACUCACACUACUUCCAGGCACCUCCACACACCCACCAACAUCCUCAUCGUCUCCCUGGCCUUCUCUGACCUAAUCGUGGGCCUCCUGCUGAUGCCGGUAGAGAUCCUCCUCACAGUCUCGUGUUGGUUUCUCGGUGACCUUGAGUGUGCUUUGUUUAAUUAUGUG